UCAAGUUUUUGUUCUCAAACUAGCACUCAAAACCAAAAGUCACAAAAAUAGCACUCAAGGGGUGGGGUUUAAGGUUUAUAAUUUAGGGUUUAGGGUUUAGAGUUUAGGUUUUAAGGUUUAGAGUUGAGAAGUGAGGUUUUGGGAAUAAGAUUUCAAAUUUUGAAAAAUAAAAAAAUUUAAAUUUUUCAAAAGAUAAAAUGCUAUUUUGGUCAUUUUAGUUUUUGAGUGCUAUUUUUGUGAUAUAAACUUAGAAAUGUGCUAUUUUGAAGAUUUGCCCAAAAUCUAUUGCUAAUUUGAAAUAAAUAAAUAAAUGUUUUACAAGACCUAAAAUUAAAAAAAAAACUAUAUUUUUUUAUUUAAGAGUUUUAAAUCAUGUUUGCAAAAUUUACUAAAUAAUUUUAAAGGUUAAACUCUUAUAGACUAUAUAUAUAGCAAAUGUGUUUUCAAGCAUAUCUCUUACAUUUUUUUACUCCGAAUUUCUUUGGAAAUCAAAUAAUGUUUGGAACGAUUUUGACUGUGAGGAGUAAUUAAGUUAACAAAUUAACCAAAUAAGUAUGCCAAACGGAAAGUGUAUCAUGUCAAUCUCAAUCUAUCUAGCAAUUAAAAAGUUUGCUUAUGUGACAGAUCGAAAUCAUAGAUUGAAUAGUUAAAUACUUGACUUAGUCUUUGUUAUUUAUUAAUUUUCUAAAUAUUCCUUUGCCAUUUCCUUUAAUAUGCAUUCAAACUACCUUAUUCAAACAUCAGAAAACUAAGUAUAUACAUUCCCAUUUUAUUAAAAGUAACAUAUAUUACAUACUCAAUCUUUAAAUAGCCAUCAGGGUGCAAUCACGUUCAUAUACCAUUAAAGCUGAAUCUGCCAGAGCCCGAUGGAUCCAGUCGAUAUGUUGUCUUCAGAAUCGAGUUACGGUAGUGAUGUUAGCGACGAUGGUAUUGCCACCGAGUUGAUGGAACAAGCGACGUACAAAUGCAAUUAUUGUCCGAAGACUUACUCCAAAGGACAAGCACUGGGUGGUCACCAAAAUGUUCACAAGAGGGAGAGAGAGAUCACCAAAAGACAAGAACGUGCUAUGUUGGUGAAUAUGAACCCGCCCGAUCCAUAUCCGUACCCACAUCCGUUUCCUAGCCAGUACGCACUCCCAUCAGGAUUUGAACAGCGUCGUUACAUCAUUGAUGAACCAGAUAUUCUACAUGUGGUCUACAACUCAAGUCAAAGCCCAUACCAAUCCGUCAUGGCUCAACCCCACACUCGAUCAUUAUUGCCAGCAUCGUCACCCAUUUGCUUAAAACUUUGUCUAGGUGUUGGAAGUAGCUCACAAGACCAAACGCAAACCAAAGAACCAAACGAUGCAACAAGAGAGAUGGAUGCUGAGAAAGAAGAUCAUGACCUUUCCCUUUAUCUCUCACUCAAGUUAUGAUGCUGUAAUCUUUCUCUUUUAAAUAAUAUCUUGAAAUCGAUCGACUAAUUUCAAAUUUAAUUUCGACUCAGAUGAUCUCCUAUGUUUUCCAGCACCAUUAUCGUAUUAAACUCGACUUUGUUUACUUGAAAAGUAUAAUACGAUUGGUUAUGGAUGCAAUUGCAUUACUUGUGUAGGAAAUCAAAGUAAGUAUACAAAAACUACUAAAUGAAAUCAGCCUUUACAAAUAAGCUGAAAAAAAAAUACAAUUAAGUUAAGAAAACUAACAUAUAAUGUAUGCUUAUGCAGGAUAUAUUCAAUGUCAUAAUAUGAAAGCUAAAUACAGAAUACGAUUAGAAAUGUAUAUUAAAACCACAUUUAAAUUAAAACAAUUGAACAAAAAUAAUAGAAGACAACUCAGAUGGUUGGCAAAAAGAAGAAGAU